UCCGCCAGGUUGAAAUUUGAGGGGCUCUGUAGAAUUUUUUGAACUGGGAAGCAGGAGAGCAGCUAGCAAUGGCCUCCAUGGACGACAUCGAUCUCAACGCGCCGUGGAACGCGGAUGGUGUCCCGGAAGAGGCGGUGCCGAUGUGGGGAGAAUGCCCGCAGAUGUACCUCUCGUACGGCGUCGCCACUCGCAACGACCGGCUCCCGAUGCUCAAGGACGCCAUAGCCGCCGUGAAGUCGUUCACGGUGCUGUCCCCGCCGAUGGGGCUUGAUUUCUUCGGGGUCUUCGACGGGAUCUUGGGCGCCAAGUUCGCGGAGCACAUGGAAGAGCGGCUGCACGUCGCCCUCGCCAACGACAUAGAGCGGGACCUGCGCGCCGAGUCUCCGCGGCCUCGCGACGACGUCGAGAGCUGGUGGAGGGCGACCAUCGUGGACGCUUUCCGCGUGGUGGGCAGCCAGGCGGUCGCUGACGGCGGUAAUGGCGUCGAUGCUCCUGCGCCCGUCGGCUCCGGGGCUCUCGUCGCGCUGGUUCUCGAGGACUACUUCGUCCUCGCCAACCGAGGCGUCUCUAGAGCCGUGAUCUACCGCGGCUAUGAGGCUGUGCCGCUCACCCCCGAGCAAAGGCCUAUGCCACGAAAUGCAGGAGGUGAUGUGGUUGGAUCUACCUGCAGAGUUCAAGACGUUAUGCCUCCUCGCGCUUUUUCUGGGAGUUCAAAGUUUAGGGCUGCUGUCCCAGAACCUGAGGUCAUCGCGGUGAAGCGGAAGCCAGGGGACAAGUUCCUAAUCCUGGCCACCCGGGGGCUCUGGGACUUCGUCACUCCAGGCGACGCGUGUGCCUUCAUCGAGAGAAGAUUGAGCGUGUACGUGCCGCGAAUCAUCAUGCCGUGGGAGAAGAAGCCAACGAACAGCAGCGGCCCGCCCUGUGCCAAGAUACUCGCCAAUGAGUUGGCUGAACACGCGAUCAGCAAGGGCACCAAGCACAACGUGAACAUCGUCGUCAUACUGCUCAAGAAUUUCUGGGACCAGAGUAUUCCCUCAACUUCUGAGGAGUGAUUUUGGUUUUUCAUAUGCUCGUAGUCGGUCUUAUCAUCUGUCCACUGUGGUAUGCAAACUUUCUUGCUGUCUUAAUGAUUGCUAAGGGGACUUUGGAACGUGUUUAUUGAGAUUUUUCUUGUAGCUAUUUCAAGAUGGAUCAUCCAUCGUUAGACUAUACAUGUCUUGCUUAUUUAAGGCAUAAUUUUCUAUCCGAGAAUUGAAGUAUUUUGUUUUUAACUUCUUGUGGUUUUGGACUGAUAUAUAGCAUUGA